UUCGUUUCUAUCGUUUUACAUUAAUAUUUUAUUGACUGAGAGUUUUUUGAGCUCAAAAAAUUUCAGUUUAUGUUAUCACAGAUACCAGCUUUUGAACUACCGUGCCUUUUUUUGUUUACCAUUCCGAAUAAUAUAUAAUUGCUAUCAUUUUACUGUAAUCAUUUCCCAUUAAAAUGUUGAUUCAUAUUUUAGCUUACCAGUAAGACCACAUGCGUUGGUGAAAACUUGCCAACAUUAUGAACAACUUCAAUGAUGAGUUGAACAACUUCAGAAUUCAUUUACCUGGAGGCGAUGAAAUUUCAAUCGCAGAUGAAGCCGCGGUGUUAAAACUGUUCGAAUCUCAGAAUCCAGAUUGGUCAACCGCUGGACACGUGACUUCAAUUCCAAUCGCUAGAGUUCCUCGCGUCUUUCUCCAAAAUUCCGAAAUGACCAAAAACUUCGUUGACCGAUACAGUUCCUUGCAGACCGGAGAAUUUGGAGAAAUUGACACUUACGAAAAAUUGUUGAGUCUCAAAAACAUGAACCAGGUCGGAGGCACUCUCAUUUUUCCCAACGUCGAUGGUAACCAUUUUAAUUCGCCGGAAGCCAAAGUUGAAAUAGAUUUCGUCGUAAUUGAUUCUCAGAAAGGAGUAAUAGUUAUAAGUGUAAAAAAUUCAACGCUGGUUAAAAAAAUGAACCAUGUCAAAGACAUGGAAAAACACACGAAAUUCAUUCGUUUGCUUCGAGACUUUAGCCAAUGCAAUGCACCAGUUCCUCCAGUACAUGGACUUAUAUGUUCCUUAAAGUCUGAUGUUAAUGUUGACAAAUUGCAGAGAGAAGGAUUUUGGAAGCUGUCGGAUUCCCACGAAAAAAGAUUCGUUUUUCAGCCAAAAGAUAUGAUAAAUUUUCUACCUGCUUGGGAACGUAUGCUAGGAGAGAUGCCAAAUUUAGAUCAAAAUCAAGCGAGCAAUUUGUCCAAGUUGGCUUCUAAACUUGCGAUUUUGAACUCGAUGGAAGGUACUUUAUCAUUUUUGCACGAAAAAGUUGAGUCAAACGCUAUUCAGGAAAUUAAAUUGAAAAAAUCUGAAGCGUCAAAAAUGAUAGAAGAAGCUGUAUCAAUGAGUGCAGCUAGCCAAAACUUGGACGUUGCCGAAGUUUCAGCCCUUAUGCAACAAGUUCCUGCAAGCAGCGCGACCUCAAGUUGCAAUCAAAAAAACAAAAAAUCGUAUUUUUUGUGGACAAAUGACCAGCUAAACGUAAUUUGUCAGAUAAUCGCAGAGCUGAAACAGCAUAAACCAACCACAAAAGGAUGUCGCAUUCUAGUGGCUGGGCCCAAAGGCUCGGGUAAAACGAUGCUACUUCUUUAUGUAGCGGAGUUAGCCAAACUAGUUCUAGCACCUGAUGAGAAAAACAUGCAACCCAAAAUUGUUGUAUGCGACGGACGUUUGGGCUCAACGCAGAUUCUUUUUGAAAAAUUGAAGAAGCAAUUAAGCAAUAAAAACAUUUUCGUUUAUUCUGAAUUAUUUGGCAGUGAAACUUUGCUUAACUAUUACGAUCUAGUUCUUGUAGACGAGUAUGUUCACAACCUUGGAUCUGGCCACAUUUCCAAAUUUUCGCGUUCACAGCAUGUCAUCAUUUUCACGUCAGACAUAGCAACGAUCUCUCCUAAAACACAACUUCUACCGAGUUUCCAGAUCCUGAAUUUAUCGUGCUCCUUGCGAUCCACAGUAGAACUGGCAAGUUUUGCAGAAGACUUCCGAAACAUGGAUACUGAAAACCAGCUCAUGAGUGUCAGAUCCGGACACAAUUAUCGAGGUCCUGAACCUACUGUAAAAAUACUCGACUUCGAUUCGACACAGGAUCCCGAGCAGACAAGAUUCGCCGAGGAGGCAUCUAAAUACAUCAAACAAGUUGUCCUGGAAUCACGCGGUUUGAAAAGCAUACUAGCAGUUCCAUAUGUUCAUGCCAUUACAUUGAGUCGAGUAUUAACACAACUGGCGAAUGACAAAAUCUACUACGAGUACAAAAAUCCCGGAGAUUUUUACAGCAAAUCCCGCCAUCUUUGCGAAGAUGAAGAAAAUCCAGAAAAUAAUCAUUCCACAUCUGGUAAUUAUCCGGUCGUGACCUUUGUAACUGGAAAUCACGUGGAUGGGGCGGAGUAUGGCUCCGUAGUUGUGCUGCUCGAAAGAUCCCUCCCUCAUUUCUGGCACAAUUUUCUAUUUCUAAAUUUGUUCAUUGCAUUCACCAGAGCCACGACAAAACUUGUUAUUGUCGUGAACAAUGUAACAGAAGCUCCUGUGGUUGGCUGUAAUCUCAGCUUGCCAUCAGAAGAAAACGCGCCCUCUUUUUGGCAUAUGGUUGGUCCUAACUUUGAUCCCCAGUAUGCUUACUCUUGGAUUAGAACAGAUAUGUCCAAUUUGGCAAGAAAAGUAGUUGCCAUUCUUGAAAAAAAAUUCAGGUCACCCUAUCCUAUCAUUUUGUUUGGUACAAAUCCCAGAAUUCAGGGCAUGAUCGAAAUUGACCCCCCUAUCCAAUCGGACCCGGCUGCGAAUCUGAGUGCCAGAAAAUUAAAAUGGCUGAGGUUGCCAAAUGAAAACACAGUGGUUCUGUUGAGAAACGACAACCAUUUGCUGUAUCUGGGAACAUCUGAUUUCCACCAAGAGUUUUGCGCCCUCAUUUUUGUUAUUUGCUCAGAAAAUGAUUUCCUCAAAACCGUGAAUCUAAUCGAAAGGCAUAGAUUGUUAUACUUCAUGCAUGAAAGACAACUUGGCUUUUCACCAAUUUAUUUGGUAACAACAUUUGAUAUUAAACGUUCGGCUCUUGAUACUCACAAAAUUUGCAAGUUUUUGUCAAAAAAAGGACAAACAGUUGAAAUUUUUGACAACCAAUUACAAGAAACAUCACAAAAAUUGACGAAAACAGCGUCAAACCACCAGCAGAAAAAGGAAAAAAGAGAAGGCCAACACAAACAUCAAUUCAAAUUUGACAAGAUUCCAAAUUCAGAACUAUUUGGCAAAUCGUCCCAGAAAGAAAACACGAGCGAUUUGACGAGAAGUUUUGACUUGCUAAACAUAAAAUACAAAAAUCAGCUAAAUUGUUCAAAAAUUGAAGAGCUAUGUACAAUGCGGAUGAAUCUUGCCGAUCUAGUGGGAAAACUUGCUUAUUGUCACUAUCUUCGAUCUGUUGAGCAAAACAAUCUUGAUGAAAAGAAUCUGAGCCUCGCUAUAGAUUUUUUCUCGAAAGCACAAGAUCUGAAUCCGAUUUCGAUGAUUGAACAUUUUGAGCAUUACAAAAAAUGCUUGAACCUCCUGUCUAAAGAUGCCAAAAUCCUUAAAAAAGUCGACAAUCAGGAGAAAGAAGCGCGACACAUUUUGAAAGUCGGAACACAAAAAAAGAAAAUAGAAGAAGCUGUGAUUCAAGAUAAAAUCAAGGGUAGCCCUUGUUACAAUUUGAUCAAAUUCAAAUCGGACUGUAUGUUACUGGACAAAAGUGAAAAGUGUUGCCAUCAUUCGGUAUUUGGCGCAAUUUUGGCUGCGUAUCUUGCUAGAAAGAAACAAGUGUCAUUAUUGAUGAAUCCAGGAGUUUACGAGGAGCUCUGGCCAGUGGCACUAGGAACCCUGCCGCGCCUCCAGAGCUUAUUCCUUCCCUGUGAAUUGGACAUCGUUGGAAACUGGACUCCUGAAGAUAAAAACUCUUCCAAUAAAUGGAUCACUAAAGACCCUCCUAUAGUGAUCCAAAACGUGAUACAGAACUUUCCAGGACACAAUUACACUUUCAAUUUAUUGGCGGGUACCAUUUAUCUAACAAGGGUAUCGGUAAAAAAUUGGCAACCUUUUCAAACCGCUGCUAUUUACAGCGGCUUCAAUUCCGUCGUGCAUGCUAAACAAUGUUCGUUUAUGUCUAAAUGCGGCGCAGCAAUUUCUCUUCACGAUGACUCGGAAGUAACUUUGGAAAAAUGUCGGUUCGUUGACACAUACGGAGCUGUAUUAUUAACAUCCGGGGAAACUAUUGGGAAAGUGUUCAACGUCCAAGCUGGCGAAAGUAAGCUGCACAUAUCAGAUAGCCUAAUCAACAAAACAAAAGUUAUAGGCAUUGAGUUGCGAGCAAACGUCUCAGCUCUGAUUGAAAACUGCAGGAUUCAAAACUGCUCUAAACGGGCCAUUUCUGGCAUAUUCGGAAGCAGCAUUACUAUUAGAGACUGUUUUUUUGAAGCAAACAGUUUCAAAGCCACAGUCGACGAUGGUGCAAUUUAUUUGCAUCGUUGCAAAACUUCAAUCUUGAGCUCAGCUAUAAGGCAUCAACCUGGACAUGGAAUUGUUGCAGAGUACGGUCAAAGUAUUUUCAACAAAGUGUCCAUCAGCGACUGCAAAUCUGGGGCUAUUUUGGUUGCCGGGGAGUGUUCCGUUAGCCACUGUGAUUUUCAGCACUGUCGUUUUGGAAUGGUUAUUGGACGAACAGGCGUGUUGAGAAUGUCAUCUAAUAAGAUUACGCAGUGUAAUGCAAAGUUCGCAAGACUUCCGGGUUCGAAAGCUCCAAUAAACAUGGACACGAAUUUAGAAGAGACUGAGUCAACAAUACAGGGUUCAAAUGAACCGUGGGAAAUUGAAAAUUACGCAUCAAUGAUUUUCGAAAAACGCGCAAAAAUUCGCGAGGAACUGCAAAAGAAACGCACUGAACUAGGCGAUGUUCUGGGGGUUGAGCAGCCAUUCUCACUUUCUUGUGGCUUUUGUACCGUGGAUGAUUACGAAAGAAGGUCGCAAUACAUUCUAUGCCCACGAUGUGAAACAACAGUAUUCUGUUCGAAAACUUGCCUAGAAAAAAGUGAAGUUGUACACAAACCAGAUUGUGAUUGGACAACAGAUGUUCUUGAAAAAUUAAGAGAAAUCAAGUCGAGCGAACUGGGCAAACAAAAGAGAGCUGAAUCACUGCAACAAAGCUCCAGAACUACAGAGAAAACGGAGAGCGAAAAACUCGUACCUGGCCGCAGAAAAAACCGUCGCAAUGCAAAAAAGAAGUAAACAAUAUAUAAGUAUUUUUUUCUGUAAUCAUUGGUGUCUAUCCUUUCAAUCUUUAACAGUCUGAUUUUUGUUUUCGACAGAUUACAAUGUAAAUAAAUGAGCAGAUUCAAUUUAAAUAGCUGGAUUGAUCUAUCUCACACCUGAAACCAUCCGCAUCCAGUUUCAAGCAAUAAUUGGUUAGACUUUGGUUUUAGUACCACUUCUACAAAAAUUGAAAAAAAAAAUCUAUUGUAGCAAAUUGAUAAUCGAUUAUAAUCUCUCUCGUUGGAAAUAAAAUAAA